AUGACAGCUAAUAUUCUACAGAGGCUGCUGGAGCCUGUAUGAGUCAGAAUUUAAAAAUAACGUAAACUAUUAUUGUUCUUUUUUUCUGAUAGUGAAAGCAACCUUUACGGCGUGCAGAGUGUAAAUCGAAUGCGCACAAACAAGCAGGAAAACGUUUAUACUGGUAUACGUUUCUGCGCACAGUCUCUCUGGAAACACAAAAUACAGUCAAGCAGCAAAUGGGGACAGACGCCCACUGGGCUGCCUGGAUUUCAUGCAAUUCAGCCUAAAUGACCACAAACGGCUAACGUCCGGAAUUAUAAAAUGGAUGGAUAUUUGGACCAGCAAGUGCCUUAUACUUUAGCAAACAAAUCGCAAGGAAAUGGGCCCCUAAAUAGACUAUUGAUGGCGACAAAAAGGAAAUACAUGGACACGGAAUUACCCCCUCAGGAAUCUGAAGAUCUCUUUCAGGAUUUAAGCCAACUUCAGGAGACGUGGCUUACAGAAGCUCAGGUUCCCGACAGCGACGAGCAGUUUGUCCCAGACUUCCAUUCAGAAAACUUAGCGUUCCACAGCCCCCCGGUGAAGAUCAAGCAGGAGCCCCAGAGCCCUGGCUCCAACCCCAGCCAGUCCUGCAGCCACAAGCAGACCUUCACCUACCCGAAUGGGGAGCAGUGCCUUUACGCCAGUGCCUAUGAGCAGAAGAGAGCAGCAGGACCCAAGACCUCCAGCCCCCGGACCCCCAUGUCUCCCAUGCAGCACUACCCCCCCAAACCCCCCCUGAUCACCCCGCCUGACUCAGGCUACAUGAACCCCCCUCCUGCAUCCCAGCCACUCCCCAGCCACGGAUACCCCAUGGACCACAGCUCCAGGUACCCCCAGCCCUCGACGGAGAUGUGCCACUCGUACCCCCCUCAGGGCCAGGCGGUGCAGCACCCCCACCCGGCCCCCCCGGGGGGAGGAGGAGGAGGAGGAGGAGGAGGAGGAGGGGGAGGAGGGGGAAGAGGAGGGGGAGCAGGGUACCAGCGGCAGCAUUCAGACCCCUGCCUGCCCUACCUGCAGCAUAACUUCAAGCAGGAGUACGUGGACCCCCUGUACAACCGGGCAGGCCACAUGUCUGGGGUCCCUCCUCACCGGUACCCCCCAGCCCACAUGAUGGUCAAGCAGGAGCCCACCGACUACACCUACGAGCCCGAUGUGCCUGGCUGCCCUUCCAUGUACCUCCACAACGAAGGCUACCCCAACCCCCGGCGCAACAACGAAGGAUAUCCUUUUGAGAAUGACUCCCGCGUUGUUCCAGAGAAAUUUGAAGGUGAGGUGAAGCCGGAAGCUGGCACAGUGUUUCGCGAGGGCGCCCCCUACCAGCGGCGCGGGUCCCUGCAGCUCUGGCAGUUCCUGGUGGCCCUGCUGGACGACCCCGCCAACGCCCACUUCAUCGCAUGGACCGGCCGUGGCAUGGAGUUCAAGCUCAUCGAGCCAGAGGAGGUGGCCAGGCUGUGGGGGAUGCAGAAGAACCGGCCGGCCAUGAACUACGACAAGCUGAGCCGCUCCCUGCGCUACUACUACGAGAAGGGCAUCAUGCAGAAGGUGGCGGGGGAGCGCUACGUGUACAAGUUCGUCUGCGAGCCGGAGGCCCUCCUCUCCCUGGCCUUCCCCGACAAUCAGCGGCCGAGCCUGAAGGCCGAGUUCGAGCGCUACAUCAACGAGGAGGACACCGUGCCCCUGUCCCACCUGGACGAGGGGGGCCCCUACCUCCCCGAGCAGGCCGGCGCCCAGCCCUACUCCAAAGGCUACAUGUACUAA